UAUCACAGUGAUAACGCGGCUUCAGGGAAAAGCGCACGCGCCAUGACACAGUUUCAUUGUAGACUAGUAGUUUUUGUUGUAGUCCUGUAGUGAUUGUAGUCAGGUAGUUUGUAGCCAUGGGAGUGCCGAUCGUGAAGAAAUGUUGUUGCUGUGUCAGCUUGCACACGGGGACUCUUGUGAUCGGGUGUCUUUAUUCCAUAUGGGCGCUCGCGGAGCUGGUGGGCUACAUACUCCUCGUGACUCUUCGGCCGUUAGACAGAGAAGGCGUCUCCACACACAAGCAGGUGUUGUACAUGGCUGCUGCGACCGUCAGCGCGGUGCAUCUAGCUGUGUCCAUACUAUUGGUCAUUGCUGAUUUGAGGAAACUGGCAUACAUGACCCUACCCUGGACUAUCAUCACGGGCAUCAUCACCGCUGUGGUCUUCAUAAUGGGUCUCACCGGCAUCAGCCUCGUGCUACAGGACUGGUCUGAGAUCAUGAUCGAAGAUGCUGUAUUUGUAGCUGUUCUUAUUGUGAGAGCCUUUGUGUCUUCGUACUGCAUCGUCGUGGUCCACAGCCGACACAAGGAGAUAAUGAACGAGAAGAGUCCAUUGAAGGGCGUCCGCUAUAGAGCUGUGUGAAGAGUAAAAUGUUUUGAAUACAAUGACGCUGUCAUUAGGCGUGCUGCCCUGCUGAUUUUGGCGAAGCCUUCAUUGAAAUGCUACAGAGCGAAAAUUACUUUAUUUAUGCCUCUAAAGUAAUAUGCAGGGAAUAAGCUCGUAAGACAUAAUAGAUACAAGAGAUUGUGGAGGGUGGAGGUGCGGUAUCUAUACGGAAAUCGCGAAAUAAGUAUGGAUCGUUUUGAUGACGCGACAAUUUAUUUAUUAUUGUAAAAAUUGAAAAUGUCCCAGAAUUCUACUGUUAUAAUAGAAAUAAAAUUCUGUGAUUUUUUUAUUA